AUGUGUGAAAUAAAACUUAAAUACGUUGUCUCUGAACGAAUCACGAGUGACAGUAAACCGGCGACACGCAAUAAAUUAUCACGAAAUUUCCGCGAAAUCCUAACGAGAAUUAUAAAGCAGAUUGUAGUGCGGUAUUAUACUCUUAAAAAUGUACUUUUAACUCAGGAUCGUUUGCUGGAGGUUAAAAGUCUUAAGUUCGCGUUAUGCAAUGAUACUAUGUAUGCAAAAGGGGGAACUCCAAUCAAUCGAUUACCUAUUAUGGCAAAGUCUGUUCUUGACCUGUACGAACUAUAUAAUUUAGUGAUUGCCCGAGGUGGUUUAGUAGACGUAAUAAACAAAAAAUUAUGGCAAGAAAUUAUAAAAGGCUUACACCUGCCCUCGAGUAUUACUUCUGCAGCGUUUACUUUACGUACACAGUACAUGAAAUAUUUAUACCCGUACGAGUGCGAGAAGCGACGACUAUCGACACCAGCGGAGUUGCAAGCGGCGAUAGACGGGAAUAGACGGGAAGGACGUCGCAGCAGUUACGGAGCCUACGGAGGAGGUAGUGGUGAUAACAUGGUACCACGCACCCCGAGCACACCUGGUUCAUUGGCACUGCAUGCACAAAUGUCACCGCUAUCUUUAGUAUCUGCGUUGGGGCAGCACCACGGGGCUCAGGGUAUUGCUAACGGCAGCGCAGCACACACACCUCUGCCAUACCAUCCUCAUCAUCCCCAACAUCAGCAAGCCGCCGGGCUGAUGGCGGGUGGACCGCCGGCUGAUUUUGACGCUCGCGUAACAGACUAUCUAAAAAUGCUGCACCGAGACUUUCACCGUGGUACAGGAGCAACCUCACCUCCAAUGACGCUGAAGCACCAGGGUUCCCCGGAAGGUACGCCCCCGCGCGACACAAGAGAAGCCCUGAUGGAGAUGUCGAAGCUGACCCUGUGGAACAUGUACAACCCUUUAUACGGAGGACUGGCCCAGCCGCCAGUGUCACCGCAGACCUCGAACUCGCCACACCCGCAGUCGGCGAGCCCAGAGCCGCAGAGAGAAGCCCUGGACCUGGGGCUCCGCACAUCUCCAACCUCGACCUCGCCGCUCCGCCAUAGCUCGCCCUCCUCCGGCGGAAGUCUCCAAGUAAAGAAAGACCGGGACUCCCACGAGCCCUCCGCACUCAUCUCCCACAAACGGGCCCUCUCCGAAGACGAGGGGCCUCAUGAGAAAAUCCCCGCCCUCCCCGGGACUCAUAUCAAGAUCUCGAACCGCGGGGACGGCAGGAACGGCGACAACUCCCUCGCCGUCAGCAUGGAGAUCAACGGAAUGAUGUACCAGGGUGUUCUUUACGCACAAAGCGACAACAAUAAUAAAUCUAUCAGUAUGAAUAAUAAUAACAACAAAACAAGGAGUUUAGUAUCGUGA